AUGUUUAUCGCAGCUGCAGCGGAUGAGCCGGUGACGCCGGAGGGGCCGGCGCUGCUUGCGGUGGGGGCGGUGCCGCACACCACCGUCGCCAGCGCCCCCGUGCGCGGCGCCCCCGCACAGACCAGCUACGCGUUGCGCAAACACGACCGCCCCCCGGAUACGCCGCCGCAGAAUGGUGUCCGCGAGUGCAACAGCAGCUCGGACGAGAACCGGUCGUCGGGGCACGCGUCGAUGUCGGACAGCGGUGGCGGCGGCGGCGAGGGGAAGGCGGGGCGGGAGGAGCCGCGCCGCGCCCGACAGCCGCCGAGGACCAAGCACCGCCCGCAUAACAAGUUGCAGUCGCCGUGGCCCGGGGGCGGGGGGCUGGAGGACAUCAGGUCGGCGAUCAAGCAGCUGACGCUCCGCAGCCGCGACAGCAGCAGCACCGCCACCAGCGGCGCCUCCAGCGCCGGCGGCGGCAGCCAUGGCGCACCAGAGGGAGGUAGCGGCGCGGAGGCGCGGCGUCGUCGAGCGCCGCUGGUGCGGCAGCCGUCGCUGGACACCGUCUGCACCAACGUCACCAGCGCCGACGAGUUUGUCUGGGUCGACUCACAUAACAGGCUGGUAGAGCUGCGCUGCGUGCCGUGGACGGCGGGCGAGGUGGGCCGAGCGCUGCAGGCCGGCCGCUGCCGCGACGUCGCCGCGCGCAUGGCGCCCGACGCCCCACCCCGACUCGCUUACCUGCUGCAACGAGCGCUAGUCCGGAUAGCUCGCGAGGCGCAGAGGCUGUCGCACAACUUCGGGUUCUGUUCCAAGCACGAGGUGGCCGGGGCCUUCCGAGUGGUGCUCAGUACGCCCCUGGCUGAGUCAUGUAUCAAGGGUUGUCAGCGCGCCGCGACGAUGUACGCGACGUCGGGCAGUGCGGCGCGGCGGCUGGGGUCGGCGGCGCGCGCGCGCACCAGCCUCGCCCCUGGACGAUUCCACCGCUGGAUGUUAGACGUCCGCGUCGCCUCUUUCGUCCACGAAUACGCGGCGAUCUACCUGUGCGCGGGCAUGGAGACGCUGUUGGAGGAGGUGGCGCUCAUCAGCGGCGCCGGCGCCGGCCCCGUGACGCCCGCCGCAAUCGAUGCCGCCGUCGCCGCCUGCGCCGACCUCUGGGGCCUGCUGCAGCCCUACAGCCACCUCAACGCCGGCAGGAUCGCUUCUGGUGCGUUAUCACUUUCCCGAUGGGAGAGCAUCAGCUCGCUGGGGUCGGGGUCGUCGGCGGGCAUCGGCCAGCACCGCCAGCUCGGGAUGAGCCACGACUCCGGCAUCACCACCAACGGCUCAGGGGGCUCCAGCGCUUCAGCCGGCACGAACAACAGUGGGGGAACGGGUGUGUCUGGCGGGUCGGGGGCGUCGGGCGGUUCCGGGGUGUCGGGCGGAUCGGGGGUGUCUGCGGCGUCGGUGCUACUGACGACGUGCGCGGGCUCAGCGGCGGAGCUGCGCGCCGUGCUGCGCCAGGUCCACCCACGACACCCGCCGCUCUCACCGGCCGCGGAACGCGCUCUAUACUACUUCAUGAGAUGUUCACAACUGGAGCACACCGGCGGAGGCGGGGAGGCGGGGCGAUGCGCGGGCGGGGAGGGGGCGGCACUGUGGCGGGAGCGCGGCGCGGGGGCGUUGCCGCCGCUGGGCGAGUGGGUGCGUGUGGCGCGAGCGCACGCGGCUCUGCGCCCGCCGCCCGCUGUGCCCGACGCCGACGACGUGCUGCAGGCCGCGCGACUGCUGCUGCCGCACGCCGACUGCCCGCCACGACCGCUCGCCAUAGAGGAGGCGAUAGAGCCGUGGAGCAACACCCGGUCGGACGACGUGGGUCGCGCGGCAUUGGGUCUGGCGCACCGCGCGCUGCUGAGCGGGCGCGCGGACGUGCUGGGCCCGGUGCGGCCGCUGCUGCCGCCCGCCGGCAUAGACGCUGUCGACGCCGCCGGACUGACUGCACUCAUGAAGGCGGCGCUAGCGGGUGACGAGCAGGUCGUUGCGAUGCUACUAGAAGCGGGCGCAGACCCCAACAUCGAGACGAGCGGCGCGGCGGCGCAGCACAGCGCGCUGCUGUCGCCGCGCUCGCCGACACAUCCGCACACUCCGCCCUCCGCCCCCUCCGCACCGCCCGGCUACACGCCCCCUACUGCUGGUUGGACGGCGCUGGUGUACGCGUGCGCGGGCGGGUACGGCGGGUCGGGGUCGGUGGAGGUGGCGCGGCGGCUGCUGGCGGCGGGCGCGCGCGUCGACGGCGCACCCGCACGCGGCGACGACGUGUGCACGCUCACGCCUCUGCAGGUGGCAUGCGGCGUGGGCAACCUAGAGCUGGUACAGAUGCUGCUAUCGCGCGGCGCCGACCCCUUCCUGUCCACGCAGCUCAACGACGCGCUCUGCUACUCCGCCGCCGCUCAGUACGGCUGCUACAGUGCGGUGGCAGUAUGCUGCAGUCACGGUCGACGCGCGUGCCUCCGCGCGUGCGUGUCGGCGCGGGGUGCGCGGGGGGGCGGGGCGCUGUCGCUGGAGGAGGUGCUGGCGGAGGGCGCGCCGCCCGCCGCCGGCCGCCCCCCGCCCUUCACCAAGCAGCAGCAGCGCGCGCUCCAGGACGCCAUAUACUAUGCCGCUGAAACUGACCACCUAGACAUAACGCUUGAGCUGCGUUCCCUGGGUGUGCCGUGGUCGCUGCACGCGUGGACGCUGUCCCUGGCGGCCGCCGCCGAUGCCUCGCUCGACCACGUCAUAGACCAGCUGCUGCAAGACUUCCUACAGGUGUGUCCGUCCGACGACAGCCACUACAGCAAGCAGUUCAUCUACGAGUGUCUCCCGCUUCUGUUCAACAUUCUGCGCUACAGCAAGAAGGAGGGUACUGUACUGCUGCUGGCGGACAUUCUGUGCGCGUGCUACGGGUGGGAGGCGGUGCCGGCGGUGCGGGAGCCGCCCCCCGCCGCGCCCGCCCCCGCGCGCGUCGACCCCUCCUACGUCAACAACCCCUCGCUCGCUGACGUCACCUUCAGGGUGGAGGGUCGUCUGUUCUAUGGUCACAAAAUCGUGCUGGUGUCGGAGUCGCCCCGCCUGCGCGCGAUGCUGGCCCCGCCCCGCGCCGCCGACGCGCCGCCCGCCGCCGCCCCGCCGCUAGUGCAGAUUAAUGAUAUCAGAUACCAUAUAUUUGAGCAAGUGAUGAAGUACCUGUACAGCGGAGGGUGCGGCGGGCUGGACAUCCCCGAGGGCGACGUGCUGGAGGUGCUGGCGGCGGCCGCGUUCUUCCAGCUGCUGCCGCUGCAGCGACAUUGCGAGGCGCGCGCCGCCGCCACCGUCGACCUGCAUAACCUCGUCUCCGUUUAUAUACACGCCAAGGUGUACGGAGCGACUCAGCUGCUGGAGUACUGCCAGGGCUUCCUGCUGCAGAACAUGGUGGCGCUGCUCACCUACGACGACUCCGUCAAGCGGCUGCUGUUCGGCAAGCGGCUGCCGGGCCACAACGUGCUGGCGGCGCUGCUCGUCACGCUGCAGAAGAGGAUCGAGGCCAGGAAGAACCAGGCCAAGAGCCGGUAGCGCGGAACAAAAAUACUUGUGUCACUCGGGGACUGCUGCGGUAAAGCUAAGCAUAGCAGUUUUUAUCAACUUAUGCAAUUAUAAUUCGCAAACGCAAACACCGUGCCGAGGUCUGCCGAACUGAAAUGACGCUAGACGAUGCGUGUCGGCGGAGUGCUAUAGGUUUUAUAGUUAACACUCCCGUGUUAGAUUUAUUUUCGUUACGGAAUUUCUUGAUUCGUUCGCCGCGCUGAAGCCUGAAAGCCUGCGAUAAAAGCUGUUCAAUAGUUUAAUACCAAUGUUCGUUGGCAAUGUUGUUAUGUAAAAACGAUGUAUGAAAUUAAUGAAUAGCGGCGGUGAUCUAUCUGUCUGAGGAUUUAAUAUUAUGGCUAUUGCAAUAUUGUAGUAUACAGCUGUAUAGCAUAAGAGCCUGUAAACACUGAGCGUUUUCUAAAAUUUCUGACAGUGUUAAAACCACAGAUUUUAGAAGUAAAAACCUUGUAAAAAUCAAUGUUUAUGACUUCUUGCUACGUAAAGCCGAUAUAAGAAAAUUUUAGGAAAUUUAAAUUGUGGUCGUACUGUACAUUUUAUAUUAUGGCUAUCGAGUAUCGCAUGUAGCAUAAGGGCCUGUUCACACUGUGUGUUUCUAACGCCGCGCCGCUCUGUAACGUUUAUUUAUUGAUGAAAUUUAAAUUGUCGUUGUACCUAUA